AUGGCCGAGGAACAGAAAUGGCAGGAAGCAAGCAAUCACGUGCUCUGUGCUAAUAACUGUGGAUUCUUCGGGAGUCCCACCACGCUCAAUAUGUGCUCAAAGUGCUACAAAGAUCACUGCAUGAAGGAACGGCAGAUGUCGACGGCGAAGAUCGCCGUCGAGAAGAGCCUCACGCAUCCACAGCACGAAUCGAAAACAUCUGUAGCGGAAUCUUCCUCAUCCUCAUCUUCCGCUGUAGCAUCUGUUUCCGUUUUACCGGAUCAGCCGAUAUCCAAUCCGGUAGACGCCGAUCUUGUAUCUCCGUUGUCUACCGCCGUGAAACCGCAGCAACGGAAUCGGUGUGGAUCAUGCAAGAAGCGUGUUGGGCUCACGGGGUUUGCAUGUAAAUGUGGAACGACGUUCUGUGGGACCCACAGGUACCCGGAGAAGCACGACUGCUCGUAUGAUUUCAAGACGGUGGGGAAAGAGGCGAUAGCGAAGGCGAAUCCGGUGGUGAAGGCGGCGAAGCUGGAGAAGAUUUGA